GAAGUUCAUAUUAUUCUAAAUACGAUUUGAGUCUAAGUUGAAAAUACAUAAGUAAAAGUAUUUAUAGGUUUCCCCCACUCCAAACCAUUCCGUAUAUUAUUGCGCGAUCAUUUGCGAUCCAGUAUCGGGAUCAUUUGCGAUCCGGGAUCAUUUGCGGUCCUAUUCGGGGAUCAUUUGCGGUCCCGGGAUCAUUUGCGGUCCUGGGAUCAUUUGCGGGCCUGUACACCCUGACGUGACCCGAAACGCUCCCGAACGAUCUCCGAUCAAAGAGUCACGUGACUUGAUCGGCACGAGUAGCAUGGCUCGACAACAAAUYAACUGAAUAUUAUCAUGAAAUGGCGGUUGAUUCUUCACAUUGAGAAUAAAACUAAUUUUAUCGACYCAAGGCUGUGAUUCUAUGCAAUCCGGCAUCUUAGAGUCUUGAGCUAUGGAUGAUGAUGAGUCUGAGAGGCAGAAGAAACUGCAAGCUGGUAAAGAAAAGCUGCUGAUGUUCCAGAAGAAAAAGCAGGGCGUUAAGAAGAAGAAAAGAAAGGACAAAGUCUGUGGUAAUAGUAGUGGAUCGGCGUCCGGGACAAGUGGGAGUGAAGGUGCAAAACCUGCUUCAAAUCAAGAACAACUCGAAGCUAAUUCGAAGCAACAACCUGUUCAAUCUGCUAGCCAGGAAGCUAGUCCACAGAAGAAAGAGAGAGAGCUUGAAGAUAUAAGCCAGACUGACACAGAUCAUGAUGCUCCUUCAAUCCACUCAGAGAUCGGAUCACCAAUACACUUCGAGGAUGAAGGAGGAUUUCAUUCAGGCCAAUCAGGUAGCUAUGCAAGUGGGGAAUAUACAAGUGGUGAGGAGUCAUACACUUCAGAGGAUGGUGGUGUGGACAGUCUCGUCUUUGCAAACAUAGAAAGAAAUGAGCUGAAAAACAGAACAACAGAACUUGAAGAAGAACUUACUGCCAAGAAAAGUGCUCUGAAACAAAUAAGCAGAGAAAAUGCUGAUUUGAAGUCCAAACUAGACCUGAUGAUGAAGGAUGAGACUGGCGCGUCAGUGAUAAAAGAUCUCACAAGACAAGUAGAAGAAUACAGGGAAAAUCUUCGCACUAAACAAGCAAUAUUAACAGACAUUAAUAAAGAAAAUCAAGAGUUACGAGCACAAUUAAGUGGUAAAAAGCCAAUCCAAGGAGAUGCUGUUAAAGUCGAGCAACUGACAAAAGUACUAGAAGUCAAACAAGCUGCUUUGGAAGACUUAAAUAAACUAAAUGAACAUCUUGAUGCAGAGAAUAAACAGCUGAAGAAUCAAAUUAGUGGUCUAAGUAAAGGCAGUGACUCAUCGCUUGAGCUUCAAAGAGGCCUUGAAAGUAAAUCAGCUGAAUUGGAAGAGCUGAAGAAUUUUAAUGAAUUGAUUCUGGAAGAAAAUACGAUGCUUAAAGAAAAACUGUCUUCAAAUGAAUUGGAAGUGGACGAUGAUUUGCGACAAAAACUGAGAGUAAAGGAUCAAGCUCUUGUGGAAAUCCAAAUUAAUUAUCAAAGUUUACUUCAUAAACUCGAAGAGGUGGAGUCCCAGAAAAGUAGGGCUCAAAUUCAGGAAAGUUUUCAACAGUUGGACGAUCUCUCCGCCUUGGUUUCACAGAAGGAAGCAGAGAUAGCUAAUUUGAUAGCAGCAAGAGAACAGCUUGAAGAGAAGCUAGAAAACUCGGCUCAUAUUCAUGUUCAGUUAGAGGAAAGCCAUAGAAGGUCUGUUGAUCUGGAAAUGGAAUUGGACAAACUUCGUGCUCAGAUACGAGACCUAGAACGCGAGGCAUCCAAGACAUCAGACCUGUACGAGGAAUUGAGAAUCAAGGAAGAAACGUCAAAUCGAUUAUAUCACGAAAAUGAAGACCUGAAGGCCAGAUUGGCCACUAUUGAGUCGUCAAAUCUCAAAGAACUUCUCGAAGAAGGUUAUAGAAAUCUUGAGGCAAUGUCUGCUGAGUUAAAGGAGAAGAAUACUGAAGUCGAAAGGCUGAGUAAUACACAGCAAUUGAGUAACAAAAGAGUCAAUGAUCUCGAAAAUGAGGUUGUUUCUUUGAGAGCUCUUGUUGCCAGUCUCGAAGACAACUCACUUUCGGAAAAUUCUCAGAUGGAGAACCUAAGGGAAAAUCUGAAAGCCAAACAACAGACUGUCAACCAGUUGAACCAAGAGUCAGAAGAACUCCGUGAAAAACUCUCCCAGUUAAAAGAACUGUCUAAGAAUGAUAAAGAACUACUUAAUACUGCACAAGACAAGGUAGUGGAACUUGAAGGUGAGUUGAAUAAGAAAGAUGAAGAGUUGGAGAAGACUCGUUCAAGUCAAAAGAUAAUGGAAGAUGAUUACCAAAAGAAGAUCUCAGAACUACUACAAGAAAUAGUUGAACAAAGAAGACAAAUCGAUGCAAUGGAGGACAAUUCAAAGUCAGAGUCUUCGGUUCUGGAAAACAUGAAAACAUCUCUCAAGGCAAAGCAAGACACGAUGAUGCAGUUGAAUAAAGAGAACGAAGAAGUUAGAGCCGAGUUGGAGAAGUUAAGUUCCAAAUUAGAUGAAGUUUCUCAGGAUCGUGAUAACAAGAACAAGGAGAUGGAGGAGGUGAAGAGUGAAAGAGAUAAUAAACUAUUACAGGUGAUGGAACAGUUAGCUGGUAAAGAUGGUGAACUAGACGAUCUGAAGACUGCGAAUGAAGAAAGAGAGAAGAAAUUACAGGAAUCGCAAAACGAGUUACUCACUUUUAAGACGCAAUCCGAAAAUCUCGCAGAACAACUAGAAACGGCACAGAACCGUUUGUUGGAGUUCCAGAGUGUAGUAGAAACCAAAGAAAACGAUAUAAGGAAACUGAAUGAACAACUGCUAAAUAUAAGGACUGAACAAGAAGGAUUGAAACAGGAUACUAUACAAGAAGGGCAAGAAAUGUUGGGGAAGAUCAAGAUGCUGCAGCAGCAGUUAGCUGAAAGCGACAGCACUCUGAAGAAGCAACAAGAAAACAUGCAGAAAACAUCUGACGAAGUGGUCGACAUGACGUCAGUGAUUGACGACCUCAAGCAUCAGAUAACCAAAAAAGAACAGAGGAUUGAAGAACUAGACCAGCAACUCGUAGAAUCAAGAGAGAAAAGCGCUUUAGAAUUGAAACAAGCUGCAGAAGAAUUCAACCAAGAAAAAUCAAGACUGAUGAAAGAGUUGCAAGAGAAAGACGGCAUGUUGGAAAACUUGAAUGGAGAGUUCAGUGUCUUGAAAGAAGAUCUAGCGAAGAAGGAAAGUGAGCUUGAGAAAAUGAAAGGUGAAUUCAUUGCUACGAUAUCCGAGGUUGAGACUAUGCGGGUGCAGUUUGAAGAUGAAAAGGAGAAGUCUUUGAACUUGGAGAAUCAACUUGAAGAAAUAAGGAGAAAGAAUGAUGAAGAACUUGAACGAAUCCAGAGUUCGUAUCAAGAAGAAAUGCAGAAGGAAACCAAUGAACACAUGAAAGAACUACAAGGUUUAAAAACGCAGUUAGAGCGGCAAAUUGAAGAGAAAGGCCUUGAAAGAGAUCUAUCAAUGAAAACAGAGGUUGAUCAACUGAGAGCAAUUUAUGACAGCGAAUUCAAUACACURAAAGAUUCCCUUGAGAAACAGAAGUCGUUGAGCAGCGAGUUGGAAAAGCAAAGAGAUGAAGCUCAGGUUAAUUAUGAUCAAGUUCGAGAGCGAUUUCUGGAGAAGGAGAAAUCUUUGACAGAACUGCAGGAAGUGUUGAAGAAAAAUAGCCAAGAAAAUGAAAGAGUUAUUGAAGAACUCAGAGACGAAGUAUCAAAGUAUCAGGAAUUUGUAGCAAAGCGUGAAAGCGAUAAAGAAAUGACAGAAUCCCACAAGGAAGAAGAGAAGCUCCAACGAGAGCAUAGUUCCAAAGAGAUAGACAGGCUAGCCAUGGAACUCGAAGAAGAAAAGAAAAAAUCUUUGCAUGUCGAGACACUGGAAAAUGAUGUUUCUACUCUUGUUGAGGAAAUUAAAGAUUUAAAGAAUGAACUUAUGAAAAAAGACAAAGUGAUUGCUGAGCUAAAUGACAAUUUGACGAGCUUCGAAGAAGAACAUGAUUCGGAAGUCUCGUUGCAUGAAGAUAGUUUACGCAAGGAGCAAGAAAAGGCAGCUGAACUUGAGAAGAAGUUCGUCCUGGAGAUAAGUAGUGAGAGUGCCAAACACCAACAAGAGCUGGAACUUGUGAAGCAAACUUACCAAGAGGCGAUGAAUGAAUUGAAAGGAAGGCUGGAAGAAGCAGAAGCGGCCAACGAAGCAAUGCAAGAGAAUCAGGCACGAGAGAUGGAUGACUUUAAAAGUAAACUCGAGGAGUACACGAAGAAUGUGGAGGAACAGCUAUUCCAGCUAAAGGCUGAAACAGAGAAUAAGGCUAAAGGGGAUAUUAAGAAAGUUCAGGAAUCUCACCAAAAAGAAACGCAAAAGCUAAUGGAAAAGCUGAAGAAUCUUACCACAGAAAAAGAGAUGAAAGAUGCUGAGAAUGAAACGUUGAAGAAACAGUUGAAGGACAUGGUUGAUCAGCAGAACUCUGGUAUAGACAAUGAAGAGCUUUUGAAACGGCGCCUAGAAAUAAUGAAAGAGGAAUAUGAAGGACAGAUCAAUUCCUUGAAAGAACAACUACAAAACUUAGACGAAAAACACCAAGCUGAACUUGGUGAUUUUUCAGAAGAAAAGGAGCAACAAUUCGUGACAGUUAUGGAAGAAGUAAUUCAGAAACAUCAACGAGAAUUGGAGGAGCUGAAAGCAAAGAGCGGCUCGGAUGGAGAGAAGGACUUCGACGAACGCUUACGAACAAUGGAAGAAGAAAAAAGACUUGAAAUAAAUCGUGUACACGAGAGACUGUUGCAAGAAAGCGAGGAGAGGUUAGCAGAAGGUCAGCAGCUUCUUCUACAACAGAUAAAUCAAAAGGAGCAAGAGGUCCUGAUGACGAAAGAGAAAGCUAACGAGUUGGAACGAGAAUUAACGGGCGUCAGAAAAGAAAAAGAUCGACUCUUAYACGAAGUGCAGAUAUUAACAGAAACUCGAAAAAUCAUGGAUAACGAGAGAUCUSCUAUUAAAGAACCUAUAAUAGGAAAGAAAAUAAGGCAGGUUGUGCAGGAAGAACCUCUAUUUGCGGCCUCUAUUGCUGACCAAGUCGAGGGGCUACCUCCUAGUGCUGAUUCUGAAGAAACCCCUUCUUCAUCAGAGCGGCCAGAGUUGGCGAAUAAGCUGCAACAGAUGGAAGAGAUCAUCCAUGAGAAAAAUAAAGUUGAAGUCGAAUUGAACAAACAGCUGAACGAUCUCAAGAAGGAACUGAAGCAUGCCCGAGAAUCGUCGAAGAAAGAUCUCCACGACAAACAGCAACGUGAACGGACAUUAGAGUCCAGUAAAGAACAGCUCGAGAUGCAGUUGUCGGCCCUGGAGAGGGACAGUUAUGACUCAAUUAAUGAGUUGUCUAUAUUGCAAGAAAGGUUGCAGGAAAAAGAACGAGUCGUGGAGGAGCUGAAAGAUGAGAAGGAUAAUCUGCUUUCGGUGUUGAAGGAGAAUAAUGAGGUGGCUUCCCGGGAGAAGGAGUCGUUGUUGAAUGCAUGCAAGAAGCAAGACGUCAUGAUCAAGGAGUUACAAGAUCGUAUAUCCACCUCAGACUCCGUAUCAAACGACCUUCAAGACGUCUUUGGUCGUCAGAUUCUCGCACUUCAAGACCAACGCGACGAGCUUCAACAACAACUGGAGCAGCAGAAGCAAGAACGAAGCUCGUACGUGGAUAUACUCGAAGAAAAAAGCGUGCUGGAAGAAAAUCUACGCGUAGAACGAGAAAAACUUUCCGAAAAACUACGACAAAAAGAAGUAUUGGAACGAGAACUAAACAGAGAAAGAGCAGCUUUGCAGGAACAACUAUUCAAACAGAGUAAACUCAAUGAAAUCAUACGACAAAAAGAUUCGUUUGAGAAGGAAUUGAUUAGACAGAAAGACGAAUUGGAGGACGAGCUCGGCGAGAUCGAAAAGAAACUCAUGGAAAAAGAAGAACUCUUAAUUCGUGAGAAGGAGCUACUAGAGCAAGAAAUGAAAAACAAAGAAAUGCAGUUGCAAGAAUGGGAAAAGGAAUUCCACGAAAAAGAGAUGGAAUUCUCGAGCUCUUUGGAUCAGCUCAGGAGAGAGUUGGAUACAGAUUACAGACAACAGAUGGUGCAGUUAGAAUCGACACUCCAGGACCGCUACAGUCAGGAUAUGGAGACACUAGUGGCUGGUCAUCAAGAACAGAUUGCUCGCAUGAGUGAUGAUUUCGAGGAAAGACUCAAGGUUCUGAAGAGUCAACUGGAAACCGAAAGACUGAAGCAAGUUAGCACGAUGAAGAGCGUACUCGAGAGACAGCAAUCCAGUGAACUCGUUGACUUGGAAGAAAAACAUCGCGGGGAUUUGGAAGAGAUAAGAGACGAUCUGAGCCAGCGACACCAAGAAAUCAUCCAAGCGGUUAAGACUCGUCUUGAUCAGGAGCACAAGGAGGUGUUAGAAGAAUUAGAAGCUCGUAUGUUAGCUGACCAUGCCAUUAAAACUGAACUUCUUCGUUUGGAGGUUGAGAAUGAAUGGAAAGUCAAGCUGAACGAAGUGGAGAAACAGCGGUUUACAGUACAAGAGGAAAUGGAACGACAGUUGCAAGAGGCGCGAAAUGAGAUGAAAGAAAUAAAAGAGAAACAUAAACUUGAAAUAAGUGAAAAGAUGGCUGCACAACAGAAAGAGCUCGAGAACAAACACAAAGCUGACCUCACUUCCGAACUGGAGAAACAAGACAGUGUACUCAAAGAAUCUCACCAGAAGGAGCUUGAGGAAUUCGGGGAAGUCUUAAAACAAGAAUAUACUCGUAGGAUUCAAGAUUUGGAUAAAGAGUAUUCCAAAAAACACAGUGCAGAGAUUGAAGAAUUACAGAAAGCUCUCGAACGGGAUAAGGAAGAGUUUACUAUCGCUACACUUGAUGAAUUGGGACAGAAACAUACACUAGAAAUGCAAAGACUGCGUGAGGAAUUGAAUGACAUAAUGAAUCAAGCAGAACAGACAAAAAUGCAGAUGGAAAAGAAACAUCAAGAAGAGAUGCUGGAUAUGAACAAUAAAAUCACACACGAAUAUGAAAAAAUCGAAAAACUGAGAGCAGACUUGGAGAGCGCACAUGAUACGACGGCCCAAGAGCAGGCACAUCGCCUUGAGGAACUCCGCGAUGAGAUGGAACAACAAAAAAGCCAAUUCAAGAAACAGCAUUUAGGGGAGUUAGAGGAACUCAAGGGUGAAUUUGAACGGAGACUCGUCGAGAAGGAUCAUGAUCAUGCGGAAGCUUUGGAAACGCUACGGACAGAAUUUGAAAACAAGAAGCUUGAGAGCGAGUUGGAACAUGUUAGAGAGAUUGAAAAGCUUACGGAGGAAUUUGAAAAUAGGCAUUUAUCAAGCGAAAAAAGUUACAACGAAAAGAUCAACGAACUUGAAAAACAGUUGUUAAACACAAAGGAAGAUUUCGAAACGAAACUUCAAGAACAACUUGGCCAAGGUGUUAAAGAUUCACAGGAAAGAUACCAGGACGACGUGAGUAAACUCACCGAGGAGCUGCAAGUACAGAACCAAAAAGAACUAGAAAAACUAAGACAGGAAUGUGAUCAGGAACAUCAAAAGAAAAUAGAACAACUAGAAGACACGAUACGAACAUUACGUUCUGAACACGAAAAACAAUGUGAAGAAAUACGUGGAGCGUUUCAAGAAGAAAAGCUGAAGGACUAUGCAAAAAUGAGCACGAAAAUGGCUUUGAAGACGGCACAGUCCCUUGAAGUGUUGAGAAGCUCAAUGGAGAAGAAACACGAACAGGAAAUUGAGGAAUUCCGUGAAGAAAGUCAAAAAGAUUACGAAAUGACUGCCUUGAGGCUUUCGUCACAAAUCGAAGAAAUGGAACAACGAAAUCGAAAGACCUUGCACGAACUUAAAAAUCAACUAAAGGAGAAGGACAAGGAGAUCGAGAACUUGAAACUCGAGCUCAGUUCCAAAGAUGAAGAGUUGAGCAGUUUAAGCAACAGCUUCAGUGAGGAAGUCAAGAAUAUCCAGAAGAACCAGUAUGAUGAUUUGUUGAAUGAGGUUUCUUUUGUUCGAGCUGAACUGGCCAUGGAAGCUGCUCAGAAGAUUGAGGAAGCAAGACUCAAAAGCAAUAACAAUUUACAAGAUGUAAAUAGACUUGAAGAGGAGUACAAGAGCAAUAUUCAAAUGCUCUUGACAAAACACGACAAACAAGUGGCAGACUUGAGUCAAGAAUACGAGAAACAGAUUCGAGAGCUUAAAGAUGAACUACAAGUCGCUGAGGCAUGGGGAAAGAAGAAUGGAGAGAAAGUUCACUUUGAAGAAGUUGAGAAGAAACUACAAGACAUUAAAGACCACUAUGAAGAAGAAAUCCAGAAACUUCGAAAUGAGAAGGAUGUCGAGUCAGAAGGCAGGAAAGUUGAUAUAGAAGAAAAACAUGUUAGUGAACUGAUGGAAAAACAGGCAGAGAGAAUCAAAGAGCUGGAACAUUCUCUAGAAGAUGAAAAAAAGAAGUAUCACGAUGCUGAAGAAUUUCUAACGUCCAAACAUAAGGAAGAAGUUGAAGCUUUGAAGUCCAAACAUCUGCAAGAAAUGGUUGAGUUAAGAGAGAGUUUUUCGUCAGACGUUGAAGCACUUAAAGAAGAACUUGUCAAAACCUCUGAUGAUGAAAAAUUCGUUCUACUAAAAGACGAGUUAGAAAAGAAACACAAUGAUGAGCUCGUUGCUUUGAGGGAUUACAUGGAAAACCGUUACCAGGGAGAACUGGAAGAUGCCAAGCAAAAGUAUAGAAAUGAGCUUCAGAAACUACAAGAGGAAAUGUUGAAUGCUGAAGACCAAGAAAAGUUUGAGAAGUUGAAAGAAUCUUUAGAAAAAAGUCACCAAGAAGAACUAGAAUCUCUUAAAAACGAACUUGAAGAGGAACAUGAAGAACACAUCAGGAACCUUCGAGAUGAGUUUGUUGAAAUUCUAAAGGCAAAGGAGAGCGAAGAGGGUGGUGACAGUGAAGCAGAAAAGAGAAUUAUUGAACAAAAUCAGCAAGAUAAGCUAGACGCGCUACGGCAAGAACUUGAAAACGAACAUGAGGAACAACUGCAACAGCUUAAAGAAGAAUUCCUCCAGUUGCUACAGGAAAAAGAAAAAAGUUUCCUUGCAAAUCAAGGUAAUCCCGACAUUGAAGAAGAACUGCAAAAGCUGAGGGAACAAUUAGAGACUGAACAUGAAGAAGAUAAAGAGAAAAUAAGAAUGGAUCUUCUCAGUGAAGUAGAGGAAUUUAAAAAUCAGCUGCAAGAAGCUGCAGAGAAGGAUAUAGAAGAAGCGAAAGCUCAGUUACAGGAACAAAUGUCCCGCAAGGAAGAGGAGAUUAUUUCCAAGAGCGACGAACAGAUAGAAGCUUUAAAACAAGAGCAUCCUCAAGAGAUGGAGCAACAAGAUAAAGAUCUGAGCGAAAAACACAAAAAUGAACUUGCUAACCUAAGAACAAAGCACGAGCAGGACCUAAAAGAAUUAAGAGAAAAGUUUGAUGAAGAACUUCGAACAGAACGAUCCAAACUCGAACAAGAAAAGCAACAUGAUCUCGAGCGAUUGAAGGCGGCCAUGGACGGCAGUAUUAGUGAACAGCAACAACUUCAGUUGAGCAUGCUCCAGGAGCAACAUGAGCGUGAGCUCGAGACUGUCCGAGCGGAACUGGUAGAGGCACAUAUGAAGAAGUUUGCGGAGAUGGCAUCGAGGCUGGAAGGAGAGCACAAGGAUGAUUUGGAAGAUUCUAUCCAAGCGGUUCGCGUCGAAAUGAAACAGAAAUUUAAAGCAGAGAUCGAACAAGCCAAAGAAAAAGCGCGUCUUGAACUCGAGCAAGAGCAUCUUCAGAACCUGCAGCUGCUGGAAGAAGAACUGGAACACAAACAUGCCGCACAAAUGAAAGGAUUGGCGACGUUACAGGACAAGCAUCAAGAAGAAAUACAGCUUAUAAACCAGGAACAUAACAAAUCUAUGGAACACAUUAAAGCGGCCCUGGAAGAGAAAUACAACGAACAGUUCCUGGCCGUAAGCUCUGCUGCCGACCAAGAAGUGUCUCAAGCCAAGGAUGAACUUGAAACUGCUCACAGGAAUGAAAUACAAAUGUAUGAAGCGGCCUUGGAAGAAGAAAAGGCUCGUGUACUGGCGUUAGAGGCUGUUCAAGCCAGUCUUCAGACAACUCACAAAGAAAUCAUGGACAACGCUAAAGAAGAGUCUGAUCGUAGAAUAGAAAGCCUGCAGGCAUUGAUGGAUGCUGCGCAUGGCAAUCAAGUACAGGAGCUACAGAACCUAAUCGAGGAACAGCACAAACAAGUAAGAUAUGACAACCACCUUAUACCGAUUUGA